AUGGCACAGCCGCACAGCUCGCUGCUACAGCAAGAACACGACGUGUGGACUUCACCUUGGUUCGUGUCACCCAAGACCGAAGAGAAGAAGAUCCUGUGGCUUCAGACGGCGGCGGCGGCGAGCGUGCCGGGGCUGACGACGGCGCCGCAGGCUCCGACGACGGGGGUCGCGUCGCCGGAGAGCAAGCAGCAGGCGGCGGCGGGGCCCGGGGCGGGAGCCAUCGUGCCGCUGCGGAGGCCGAGGGGGCGGCCGCUGGGGUCCAAGAACAAGCCGAAGCCGCCGGUGAUCAUCACGCGGGACAGCCCCGACGCGCUCCACUCGCACAUCAUCGAGGUGGCGCCCGGGGCCGACGUGGUGGCGUGCAUCGCCGAGUACGCGCGCCGCCGGGGCCGCGGCGUCUGCCUGCUGGGCGCGUCGGGCGCCGUCGCGGACGUCGCCGUGCGCGGGGCCGCCGCGCCGCUCCCGGGCCGGUUCGAGCUCCUCUCCGUCACGGGCACCGUGCUCCCGCCCCCGGCGCCGCCAGGCGCGUCCGGCCUCUCGGUGGUGCUCUCCGCCGGCCAGGGCCAGGUCGUCGGCGGCUGCGUCGUGGGGCCCCUCGUCGCCGCCGGACCCGUCACCCUCUUCGCCGCCACCUUCGCCAACGCCAUCUACGAGCGCCUGCCGCUCCCGGACGCCGCCGACGUCGACGCCAAGCCCGAGCUCUCCCCCGCCACAGCCACCUCGGCGCCGCAAGAAGUGCAACAGCAGCAGCAGCUGCCAUUGCCGUCCUCGCACCCUCAAGCCAUGGCCGUGGCCGCGACCUACCCCGACCACCGCUCGCCUCCGUACGCAUGGGCAGGUGGCGUAUGAUCCGAGCAACCUGUGAAUCGUUCAUGGUGUUCUUCUUCAACCUAACAAUCUCUAGGGAAGCUAGGUUUUCGCAAGUGCGUGCAAUUGAUUAACGGGAGUUGAUGCUCUUCUUGGGGCUAAUCUUUGUAAUUUUGUUUCACCUUUUUUUUUCAUUGUGAUCUUAUUGUGAAAAAAAAUUGGAAAUGGUGUGUGAGCUGCAGGAGUUAAAGAUCAGUAGAAUUAAAAGGGUGAUGAGGUACAUCAGUGAUGCCAAUUUGGUGCUUUGUGAGAGA